AUCAGAUGGAAUUUUAUCAUUAAAAGAUGAGCUUUUUAAAUGGCUCAUAGUGAGUUGCAUAAGAAAAACCCUCAUGAAGAUUUUGAAUUAAUUCAAAAAGUAGGUAGUGGGACAUAUGGUGAAGUCUAUAAGGGUAUCAAUAUGCAUAGUUCGGAAUUGGCUGCCAUCAAAAUAGUUAAAUUGGAGCAAAGCGAUGACCUUAGAACUAUACAGCAAGAGAUUUUGAUGAUGAAGGAGUGCAAGCAUCCCAACAUCGUCGCCUAUUUAGAGAGUUACAUAAGACGCGAUAAAUUGUGGAUUUGUAUGGAAUAUUGCGGGGGUGGAUCGCUGCAGGACAUUUACCAUUUGAUCGGACAUUUAAACGAAUUACAGAUAGCUUACGUUUGUAGAGAAACUCUUAAGGGGCUAAAUUAUUUGCACAAUCGGGGUAAAAUGCACCGGGAUAUAAAGGGAGCCAAUAUAUUGUUAACCGACGAUGGGGAAAUUAAACUAGCCGACUUCGGGGUCUCCGCUCAGAUAACCCAAACUCUGUGCAAACGAAAAUCCUUUAUAGGCACUCCUUAUUGGAUGGCUCCAGAGGUGGCCGCGGUGGAAAGGAAAGGUGGUUAUAACCAGCAAUGCGAUAUUUGGGCGGUCGGUAUCACUGCCAUCGAAUUGGCGGAACUGCAACCCCCUAUGUUCGAUUUACAUCCCAUGAGAGCGUUAUUCAUUAUGUCCAAAAGCGGAUUUAAGCCACCCUGCCUGAAAGACAAAAUAAGAUGGUCUGCUGUAUUUCAAAACUUCGUCAAAAUAGCCCUCACUAAAAAUCCGAGAAAAAGACCAGCGGCUGACAAAUUAUUAAUGCAUUCAUUUGUCAGGAACCCUAGCUUGAGCAAAAAAUUGGGUAAAGAUCUCCUGGACAAAGUCAACAACCCAGUCUCUAUCACUAACAAUCGCCGCAAUUCUAGUGUGCCCCAUCCUUCCGACCAACCUUCGAAUAACGAGAACGGGAGCAAAAAUGAUAGCGCAUCCCUGAAAGCGGGUGAGGAGCAUGUUAAAGAUCGAAUUUGUGGCAAAAUCACGUACUCCGACAUUAGGGAGGAGGGUGACACCGACGAAGAUUAUUCGCCCAAUUUAAGCGUACCAAGGCGUAUAACUUCUCAUCAAGCGCCGAACGGAUUGUGCAGGGAACUCAGAACCAAGUCUGAAGCUGAAAUGGAAAAUUUGAAGUUUUGUCCCCCUUUGCAGAAACAAACGGAUGUUGAAUUCGAAGAGAUAAUAUCCCCAUGUCAAAUGCGGGUAAUUUCUGACGAAAGCAGCCUCACUAAUGGUAUCAAAACGUUAACGACCAAAGAACCUGAAAGCUCAAUAUCCAAAUCAUCGACCUCGUCCGCCUCGGUCCUAUCUUCCUCGGGUAGCGAAGAGAUUCGUUCCCCGGGUCUUAAACAUAAAUCUAACGACAAUCAUCACCACCCUCUUCUCGUCAACGAUCUCCGUAAAAAUAAUUCGCAAAAUUCGCAGCCGCAAAAUUUGCAAAAAACGCGCGUCUCUAUCUCAAGCAACGCCAAUAAUCCCGGAAACAAGAUCAUAUCAUUCUCCAAUUACCCGGACCUUUCGUUCGACUCCUUUUCCGCUUACCUCAGCAAAAUACUGCCCAACAAUCGGAAAAAUCAAUCGAAGUUGCUCUUGAAUAUCGAAAGAGAGGCGCUCAAUGGGCGCGACGGAUCCAACGUGCGCAAGAACGACUACGUGAACUGGAAGCUACCUUGUCAGCUUAGCGUCGUCGAUAAAGAAAAUGAUGACAUUCUAUCAUCCGCAGAGCCUAAAGAAGUUAGAAUAAGCAAAUCCGUAAGAUUUACUCCGCUUACCUCAUCGAGUGCAGAAAAUGGCGAACAAACCUCGCAUAUAGAGAAUAAUUUUCCAGCCGCGAUUCGUGCUAAAGUCGAAACAAACGGUUGUUUGAUCCCACCGCGACCCUCCCGCCUAGUCAAAAAGAAGAAUUUAUCCAAUUUUUCUCGGGUCAACCCUAACCAGGUUAAAACUAGCAACAACCCUCAUAUAAUAUGUAGUCAAGCGCCGCCUAGAUUACCGCCCCCGCCUCCGCCACCUCCCAUCGUUACGCUUUCCUCGUUACCGGAAGAGGGUAAUAUUUCGCCUAUAGCCAAAUUGAAUGGUUCUUCGAACCCUUCUUUAAAUGAGUCCGAAGAAAUGGGUAAAAUGAAUUCCACGCUGGAAGGCUUUAAUAACGUCAGGAGAAUGAUCGGGAUGUUAGAGGGUUCCAAGAAAUUUAAUUUUAGUAAGGAGAUGAAAAAAGAUUUUUUCGCAGCUGACCAUUCCAUCAACACCAUCUUGUACAAUAAUCACGAAUCCUACUCCGGAUUCAAUCUCUCCGAGAGCACGGAACCUACCGAAGAUAACAAAGCAAUUCUCGAUUCCCUAUCAAACGGUUACGAAAGUUCGUGCCUAUCUAACCCUUAUACGCUUCCCGACCACGUUCUCGCCCUAACGACCCCUUACAGCGCGGAAUUAAAAUUCUCGGAAGCGUGUUCUCAAAAUUCGAAAGCUACCGGAAACGCUUCGAAUUUACUAAACUCUCACCCCGUCGAGAACCAUAAGCCUGAAUACGAUUCGGAUAUAGAUCUCAAUGCAAUUCCUCCCCCUGUCCCACCUCGCAGAAAAAAAAUGGAUAGAAAUCGUUCCCAAGUGGCGGCGGAAUAUAACGGUUUACCGCCUACGCCCAAGGUCCACAUGGGAGCUUGUUUUUCGAAAGUUUUUAAUGGGUGCCCAUUGAAUCUCAAUUGCACGUCGACAUGGAUCCACCCUGAAACAAGAGAUCAAUAUGUCUUGCUGGGCGCCGAGGAAGGCGUAUACACCCUAAAUUUGAAUCAGUUACACGAGACGGUUAUGGACCAAAUAAACGAGCGGCCUUGCAAGUGGAUCCACGUCGUCAAAAACUCCCUCAUCACCAUUUCCGGUAAAACCACGACUUAUUUGUACAAACACGAUCUACUGACAUUAAUGAACAAAUCCGGGCAUCGCUUUUCACUCCCCAUGGGAAAAUUACCUGAAAAAUUAUUCGCCAAAAAAUUCAAUAACCCCUCAUGCAAGAUAACAGACUCAAAAAACGUUUUCAAAUGCUCCGUAGCCCGCAACCCUUAUAAUGGUAACAAGUAUCUCUGCGCCGCCCUUCCCACCUCCAUCGUCCUCAUGCAAUGGUACGAACCCAUGAACAAAUUCAUGCUCGUCAAAACCUUUCCUUGUCAACUGUCGCCCGACCUUAAAGUGUUCGAGCUCAUUAUUGUUCCAGAAAUGGAAUACCCAUUCGUAUGCGUCGAUGUAAGAAUCAAAAUGGAAAAUGACAAUAACGAUGUUGACAACGAAAAAUUGACCAUAAAUAUGGUGGAUCUCAACGCCAAUCCCUUGUGGUUUACCGAUAAAAUUUCUGACAACGAAAGAAAAGUCGACAUUGUCAAUAUGACUCAACUUGACAAAGAAUCAUUACUUUUGUGUUAUAAUCGAAAGGUUAAGGUGAUCAAUCUUAGGACCGAUUCCAAUAGCGACGAUCGAACCGUCGAUAAAAUAUACUCCUAUAAUUCAAACUUGCAAUUCGAUUUUCAAAUUGAAUCCAUAGUUUGUUUGACCGAUAGUGUACUAGCGUUCCACAAACACGGUAUGCAAGGUCGAAGUUUUUCGCAGAACGAAAUAACUCAAGAGAUUUGUGACAAAAGCCGUAUUUUUAAGCUUUUAGGCUCCGACAAAACUGUUGUGUUAGAGAGCAGACCCUCCAUAGAACCGUCCUCCGCCACUUGCAACCUUUAUAUAUUGGCCGGUCAUGAAAAUAGUUGAUUUAAAAAAUUAUAUAUAAAAAAGAUAAAAUAAUAGGCACAUCAUUCCUUUAGAAAAAUCUUAUUUUUUUAAUUUUUAUAUUUUUUUUAUAAAAAAAAAUAAUGGAUAAACUUCUAAAAAAUUUAAUGUAUUAGAUAUUAUAUUUUUGAUAUCUAAACAAAAGACAAAAUAUGAAAGAUAAUUUUCUACGGACCCUUGUGGUUUGUUACACGCAAUUAUUAAACAUAUAUAUAUAUAUUAUUUUAAACUGACAAUUUAGAUUUAAUUUUUGAAAUAUGAUCUAAUAUUGCGAAUAUAUCUUAAAUUCGUAAAUCUCUAUAAAAAAAAUAUAUUAUUUUAAAAAACAAUUCUACGAUAUGCUAUUAAAUCCAAUCACGUAUCCUUUUUAAAAAAAUGUUUUAUAAAUCCUCACGCAAAAAUGGCCUUUAUUUUUUUUUCUUCCUACUUAAAAAAAACCAUAAAAUUAAGCGUUUUUAAAAAAAUUAUUGAGUUAGAUCAAACGUGAUAAAAGACUAUUUUUAAAAUACCCAAAUUCCCUCCAAAUGUAGAAUUAAUCUCAAAAUAUUUUUCGGGAGUUUAAAUGUCUACGUAUAAAAACAUAUGACUUAAAAUGUGUAUCCACCGUGCAAUUGUAAACCCAAUUACAGAAAAAAAAGAAGAGAAGAUAUUAUUCUCUUAAUUUACUGCAUAAUGACAUUUAAAUAUUUUUUUUUUAAAAUUUAAUUAUUUUCACUUAUAUAACAGCAAUUUAUAUUUGCAUAUCUUCUCUGCGACAUUUGCCCAACAUAUUUCCCAUCUGGUUAUUUGUAUUAUAAACAUGCAACCCCUAAAUCUCAAAAUCAGUUUCUCAGAAUCGACAAAACAUUCAUAUAAAUGCAUAUUUUAAAAUAAACAUAUAUCUCGUCCAUUUUUUUUAAAAAAAAAAUAAAAAAAUCAUAAUAAGUUUUUAAUUUACCAUCGCCAUUUUUUUUUAAAGCUUUUAUCCAUUUGCCCACAUCGUCUGUAUUAAUGUAAUUUGUAUACGUGUCACACAUUUAUAGAAUAUAUGUAUUAUUACUUCAUUUUUUUUAUAUACAAAAAUAUUUAAAUAUAAAUAUAUAUAUAACUUAUAAAUAAUUUGUUCGAAACUUUUAGUACAAAAAGAUAUUCAUUUUCUUA